GCGGCGCCCGCAGGCACUGCAAGGGCAGUGACCAGCAGUGAAAGGAAAAGAUUAGAUCAUGUCGGAGUUCUGGCUAAUUUCUGCCCCGGGAGACAAAACAAAUCUGCAGGCGUGGGAGAGAAUGAACACUGUGACAUCUAAAUCCAACCUGUCUAGCAACAGUAAAUUCCAUAUUCCAGACUUAAAGGUGGGAACACUGGAUGCUCUUGUUGGUCUGUCAGAUGAGUUGGGAAAACUUGAUAGCUUUGCUGAAAGCGUAAUAAAGAAAAUAGCCCAGUACAUAGGAGAAGUUAUGGAGGACUCAAAAGACAAAGUCCAGGAAAAUCUUCUGGCCAAUGGAGUUGACCUAAUUAGCUACUUGACACGGUUUGAGUGGGACAUGGCCAAAUAUCCCAUAAAGCAGCCGCUGAAGAAUAUAUCAGAAGCAUUAACAAAGCAAGUGACUCAAAUAGAAGCAGACCUAAAGACCCGAUCAGCUGCAUACAACAACAUUAAAGGAAAUUUGCAAAGCCUGGAGAAGAAAACGAUGGGAAAUCUGCUGACCAGGACCCUGGCAGACAUUGUGCACAAAGAAGACUUUGUUCUGAAUUCCGAGUACCUUAUCACCCUGCUCGUCGUGGUGCCAAAGUCAAGCUACCUACAGUGGCAGAAGACCUAUGAAUCACUUUCAGAUAUGGUAGUACCUCGCUCUACCAAAAUGAUCGCCGAGGAUGCAGAGGGAGGACUUUUCACUGUGACCCUAUUUAGAAAAGUCAUGGAUGACUUUAAGGCUAAAGCCAGGGAGAACAGGUUCAUUGUUCGAGAAUUUUAUUAUGAUGAGAAGGAACUGAAAUGUGAAAAGGAAGAACUGAUGAAAUUAGCUUCUGACAAGAAACAACAAUAUGGCCCCUUACUGCGCUGGCUGAAGGUGAACUUCAGUGAAGCAUUUGUGGCUUGGAUUCAUGUGAAAGCCUUAAGAGUUUUUGUUGAAUCUGUCCUGAGGUAUGGCCUCCCUGUGAAUUUCCAAGCAAUGCUGCUGCAGCCAAAUAGGAAGUCUGUGAAGCGCCUGAGAGAUGUCCUGAACGUGGUCUUCAAACACCUGGAUGAAGUUGCAGCAGCAAGUAUAAUGGAGCCUGGCAUGGACAUCCCUGGGUUACAACUGAGUAAUCAAGAAUACUAUCCUUAUGUCUAUUUCAAGAUUGACCUCAGUCUUCUUGACUGUAGUUAAAGAAGAAUUGCUCAAGCUUCAUCUAUUAAUUUUCAAGACUCUCAUGUUACUAUAAAACAAUCUUUAGCUGCUGAAAGUCAAAUUAAAAUGCAAAUACUGUAGCAGGAUGAUCUUCCUACCACUUCUAGUAAUUUUUACAGUGACUACAAUAAG